CAAGAGUUUGUGGCCUGCGGCACCGAGCUCAUUCUAAUAACCUGCAGGGGAGGGUGAAGAGCGCUGAAACCGCAGACAGCCGCGCCGCCGUGCUGUCGUCGCCCACUAUUCCUACCCAACACCGCUGCUCGUGCUCCGCGACCAGCGACGUCCGCACCGCCCGCUGCUGUGCUCGCUGCCUUCCACGUGUCGCCUCCCGUCGCUCUUUACCGCCCAUCCGUCGCGACCGCAACCCAGGCCCGGCCCCAAGCGCAGCAGCACCCGCAGCAGCAGCAGCAGCUAGGAAAAGCACGAGAAGCUUUGCAGCUGUCGCAAGCUGUCGGAAUCAGCCUGCACCACCUAUUCCGAGCACCUCACCGUCCUCUGACCGCUGCGCGCUCGCCGCCCCGGCGCAUUGAGCACACGCGACCCACGCACGCCGGGCACAGCCUACAUAACGCGCAUCGCGCCGCACGAUUGAGCUAUCGCUGUCGCCGCUCCCGCCCACUUCGAGCACCAUUGACUCCGACGAGCGCCCCUCCUGUGCAUCACUGGCCGUGCCCUGCACCGCCGCUUCCAGCAUAUCAUAAUGUCCGCCCCUUACGAAAUCCGCACGAAUGACAACGGCAAGACGAAGAAGCAGUCCAUGGCCGAACUCAAGCUGCGGCGUCUCACGGAGCUCAAUCAGAGAUUACAAGAAGAUCUGAAUCGUAGGCGGAUACCUGUAUCGGAAGCUGCCAUGGAUCUGAUUGCCUUCACGGACAAAGAGCCCAAGGACUUUAUGGUGCCUAGUCGCUGGGGCACCAUCGACAAACGUGAAGACCCCUACGCUCCUCAACAAUCGAACGGCUGUUGUUCAGUAAUGUAGCCGCCCGCCAGAUACCCUUUCUAUACCUCGGUCUUUCGAUUGGCGUUUCAGCGGUUCAAUAUGUUAGGGGGAGUCGCUAUCCUCGAUGGCUCAUGAGGAAUCUAUUUUGCUACAACUAAAAGCACGAGGUGGUGGACAGAUAUGGGCCAUGCACACGUGUAGAAUGAGGCAGUUGUACCAUAUUGUGCGGCCCUGCCCUUUCCGCCCAUAUUUCAGGCAUGGGAAACGAUUAUGCUGGCUUCUCGCGAAAUCAGUUCCAAACACUCGACUUCUCUUCGCCUGGCUUAAACUUGUGUACACGCGACCGUCGUCCAUUGUCAAGGACCAGAACAUCACCCUAGGAUCCUGAA